AAACAUCACGUCUGUGUACUUAAACGGCCGUAGAAGGAGAGGUCAGCGGCAUCCUGAGACAAACAAUCAUGGCGGCGACGGAGAGCGAGCUUCUGUGUGAGAUUGAGGUGCUGCAGUCCAUCUACUUGGAUGACCUGUGUGUCACCAGGACACAAGACAGGCACUGGGAGGUUAGUCUGGUUCUGUACCCGUCCACGGCCGAAGAUUCUGGAUCGCAGUUUGUCCGACUCUGCUUGAAGCUGACCCUCGAUGACCAGUAUCCGUGCUCAUCUCCUGAUAUCUCCAUUCACAACCCGCGCGGACUCUCUGAUGACAAGCUCAGCAGCCUUCAGCAAAGUCUUGAGCUUGAAGCUGAGUCAUGCGUGGGCUCGCCCAUCUUGUACCAGCUGAUUGAGAAAGCCAAAGAAAUCCUGACUGAAAGCAACAUUCCUCACGGGAACUGUGUCAUCUGCUUGUACGGAUUCAAGGAGGGAGAGUCCUUCAGCAAGACGCACUGCUAUCACUACUUCCACUCUCACUGCCUGGGACGCUACGCUCGCCACUCGGAGGAGGAGAUACGCCUCCGCCAGCAGGAGAUGGCCGACGACAAGACGGCCAUGCAACAUCAGGAGCUGAUGGUGGUUUGUCCCGUGUGCCGCGAGCCUCUGAUCUACAACCUGGACCAGCUGACGGCCAGUACCGCGCCACAGCUGCCUGAGCUGGAUGGCGCCGCCAUCCGCUCCAAGUUCCAGCAAAAGUGGCGAGAACUCGAGAAGAUUCUGGACAGACAACGCUGUAGAGGAGGUGUCAUCGAUCCCGAGGAAGAGUCCAAUCGCUUCCUCAUACACAUCAAUGAGGCUCCUCCUCCUCCUUCUGAUGGCAGCGGUGCUGUGGACCCUCUGCUACCCACCGCCUCUGAGCUCCUUCCCCCAUCAGCACAGCCCUUUACUCCACCGCCAACGCAUUGCACAGGCACUCACAGGCAGCCUCGGGAACACAGGCGCCACAGCUACGGCAAGGGUCCCAAGAGAGGAGGCGGGCACCGAACGAAUCACGUCAAAGGAGGCGCCCCCAUCUCAGAGCACUUGGACUCGCUCCGUCUGUCAUCGGAGCCCGCCGAGGCCCCGCCUGGUGCCAUGUGUGAGAAUCCGCAUGCUCACGUGACUCUUUGCCAAAAAGGAAGUCACUUUUCUGACAAACAUAUGGCUGGGGGACGUGCCCAGCGGGCCCGAAGAAAGGGCCCGCAGCACUCUGCCCACGGGGGCCCCUCUCAAUACUACCCCUGGGACACUCGGGCACAGAGGGGAGGGGUGCCCGGGGGUCUCCCUCAACACCAUCGCUGGGACGCUCGGGCGCAGAGGGGAGGAGUGCCCCGCCAGCAGAGGGUGGGGGGGCCAGAGGAGGAGCUCUGACACACACACUUAUGGUGUGGUGACGCGAAAUGACUAAUUAAAGCUAAUUAACUAAUUA